AUGGUGAAGAAAUUUAUGGUUGACCAGCAGGCCCAAACAGUAGAGAUGAUGAAGAAAGUAAUGGAUAACCAGCAGGCCCAAGUAGCAGCAAUGAGAAAUUUGGAGCGACAAAUGGGACAACUUGCCAAAGUCCAGUCGAAAAAGAUAAAACAAGUGACCUUUAAUGAGAAGACGACCACCGUAGAGGCAGAAUUAGGAAAAUUAAAGGAGUCAAAGAAGCUAGCUGAAGAGGCGGUGGCUAAGCAACCCCCACAAAUAGUUGCGAGGCCACCACCUCCGUUCCCUCAAAGAUUGCUGAAAGUGAAGGUUAAUGUCGCGUAUAAAAAGUUUCUUGAUAUUUUGAAGCAAGUGCAAAUCAAUAUUUCACUGGCAGACAUCCUGCAAGAAAUGCCCCAAUAUGCUAAAUACAUCAAGGACAUAGUGGCAAAUAAAAUGGGGUUGACCGAAUUCGAGACUGUGGCACUCACUGAGGAAUGUAGCUCAAGAAUUCAAAGCAAGCUAUGUGAGAAAUUGAAGGAUUCGGGUAGUUUCACUAUCCAAAUCUCGAUUGGUAAGGAUGAAAUCGGGCGAGCGUUGUGUGAUAUUGGAGCGAGCAUCAAUUUGAUGCCGCUAUCUGUGUUCAGACAGUUGGGGUUGGGAGUGAUUGAAGAUGUGUUAGUUCUAGUGGGUUCUUUCAUUUUCCCUACUCAUUUCAUUAUCUUGGACUACGAGCCUGAUCAGGAAGUUCUAUUUAUUUUAGGGCAUCCAUUCUUAGCCACAGGCCGAGCUAUUAUUGAUGUAUGCAAAGGAAAGAUGACGAUGGGAGUAGGUGAUUGA